AUGACGCGCCUCGGCACAUGGAGGGCCACAUACCUCGUCGCCCUGUCAUGUGUCGGCUCCUUUCUCUUCGCCUACGACACGGGCAUCGUGGGCGGCGUCUUGACGCUGCAGUCCUUCCAGCGAGACAUGGGCUUCAGCGACGGCGAGCAGGAGAACGUUGCCUCGCUAUCGGCCAGUCUGCUGCAGGCGGGAGCCUUCUUCUCGUGCUUGUUCGUCUGGCCGUUUACCGCGCACUACGGCCGAAGAUGGGCUCUGGCAGUGGCAUCGCUCAUUUUCAACAUUGGCGCCGUGCUGCAGCUCUUCUAUCAGCAAGGAAUCGCGACCUGGUAUGCCGGGCGUACGAUAUCUGGCAUUGGCGCAGGCGUCGCAACCGUCAUCAUCCCCAUGUACUCGGCCGAAAUGGCCCCCAAGGAAAUCCGCGGCCAGCUCGGCAGCCUCUUCCAAUUCUUCUUCACCCUGGGCGUCGCCGUCAGCUACUGGGUCGACUACGGCGCCGCGCAGCACAUCGAGCCGUCGACGAGGCAGUGGCGCAUCCCCGUGGCCCUGCAGCUGGUGCCUGGCGGCAUCCUGGGCCUGGGCAUGCUCCUGACCAAGGAGAGCACGCGGUGGCUGGCGCAGCACGACCGGCACGAGGAGGCGCUGCAGUCGCUGAUAUGGGUGCGAGGCGGCGAUAGCGUCGAGGUGCGGAUGGAGUUUCAUGAGAUUGUGGCAGGCAUUGAGGAGGAGGAGAGGCAGACGGCUGGCGUUACGUGGAGGGAGUAUUGGCUGCCGGCGAACCGAUAUCGCAUCUUCCUGGCCGUGACUCUCCAGAUUGGCGCCCAAAUAACGGGAAACACUUCCCUGGCAUACUUCUCUCCUCAAGUCUUCCAAGCCGUCGGCGCCGGCCAAAACUCCCUGCUCCUCAGCGGUUUCUUCGGUGUGUGCAAGGUCGUCAGCUGCGCAUUCUUCCUUCUCUUCCUCGUCGAGCGCAUCGGUCGCCGCUGGUCCCUGCUGGCCGGCUCGUUCCUCAUGGGCUUGUACAUGUUCAUCAUCAGCGUGCUCACGCAGCGGUAUCCGCCCAUGGGUAAUGGGACGUUGACGCCGCCGGCCAUUGCGUCGAUUUCGAUGAUUUUCCUGGAAGCAAUGACGUUUAACAUAUCGUGGGGUCCCAUCCCAUGGCUGUAUAUGAGCGAAAUCUUCCCGACAAGAGUCCGCGAAGGAGGCAUCGCCGUCGGCGCAGCAACGCAAUGGCUCUUUGGCUUCACGCUGUCCCAAGUGACGCCCGCCGCCGUCAACAAUCUUCGAUGGAAAGCCUUUCUCAUGUUCUGCUGCUUCAACUGGGCGCUGGUGCUGUACACCUGGUUCUUCAUCAAGGAGACAAAAGGCCUGUCUCUGGAAGAAAUGGACAUUUUGUUUAAUGCACGACGCACACCGAUUAGUGUGCUGGCGUAUCGCCAUGAUGAUAAAUCGUCAGAUGACGACGUGUGA